ACCCAAAGCAUUGUGGAUGCUCUAAGCUCCAAGCCUACUUGCCUGCAAAAUUUUCUUGGCUUUAUUCCAAAAUCCUCCCACUAUUAUUAGCCAAUUGCAUUUGCCCACAUUCGUUUCCAUUGUAGAUACACAGUCAACUCAACACACACGACAAACACAAGUCAAACCAACCCAAAAAACCCUAACCGUGAGAAAUGCAGCACCAGCCGCCGGACUCCGACCUGCCACCUCUCGCCGCCAUCAAGGUCCGCUCCUCCUCCCCGAGAUUCCCCCCUCCCACCACCCCCCUCUCCACCGACACCCCCACCGCCAACGCCCAGCGCAAGAUCGGCAUCGCCGUGGACCUCAGCGACGAGUCGGCCUUCGCCGUCAAGUGGUCCGUCCGCCAGUACCUCCGCCCCGGGGACGCCGUCAUCCUCCUCCACGUUCGACCGACCUCCGUCCUAUACGGCGCCGAUUGGGGUUCCGUCGACCCCUCCAAUUCCAUCGACGCCUCCAGCGAGGAGUCCCAGCGGAAGCUCGAGGACGAUUUCGACGCUUUCACCUCCACUAAAGCGGCCGAUCUGGCCCAGCCGCUUGUGGAGGCACAGAUCCCCUUCAAAAUCCACAUCGUAAAGGACCACGACAUGAAGGAGAGGCUCUGUUUGGAGGUUGAGAGGCUAGGUUUGAGCGCCGUCAUCAUGGGGAGCAGGGGAUUUGGGGCGACGAAGAGGGGUAGUGACGGGAGGCUCGGAAGUGUGAGUGAUUACUGCGUGAGGCAUUGUGUUUGCCCUGUAGUUGUUGUGAGGUACCCGGAUGAGAAGGACAGCGCCGGAGGUGGAGGCGAGCCGGUGGUAUCUGUGGCUUCUGCCGCCAUGGACGAGGAGGAGCCUGAGUAUCAUGAUGCAACGGAUGAUAGAAAAGGUGUCGUUAUUAACUUCUUUGUCGUCAUGUCCAUUUCAUGCAUUUGUUUUAGUUGCAAGCUCAAGUUCCUUAACGAAAAGAUUCCUAAUCAAUGCUUGGCUUCAUUGCAACGUUUGAUGGCUGCAGCCUGUUGAGGAUAUGGUCUGCGAACAGUAGUUUAUGGGAAGUAAAUCUGAUUUCCUUUGUGUUGUACCUGGAGCUAUAUCAUGUAUAUGGACCAUUGCUUUGAUUUCAUGUUAUCUGUAUUUUCUGGUUGUGUAACAUUAUUACUUUUAUGACAAAUGGGUUUUCGUGUGCCCAGGUCCCUUUACUUGCACUCCUUGUUGAGCUGUGUUUUCCAAGGGUUUCUUAUUGAACUGUUUUUGCUGGGAUGUGUCUUCCUUCAUAAAUUUACUCUUUUAAA